AUGAAUUAUCCGAACCAGGGCCUCGUGCCGAACGUGCACCCGAACUGGAUACCCGGUUAUAUCGGCAACGCAAAUGUUGUAAACAGCAAGGUCUGGCCGUUCCUCAACGUUCGGCGAGCGAUGCACCGGAUUCGCAUGGUGAAUGCAGCCAACGCGCGCGUUUACAAUCUCACCUUCCAGUGCGCCGCACGCGGCGACAACAACUUCAACCCCCCUCUUGGCGGACCCCUGCUGCCCUUCCACCUGGUGAGAUCAAG